AUGUAAUCACAAAAUCAAGAUUGUGUGAAAUGUAAGUUUUGUAAAGAAAGAAUACCUAUUCCUCAGAUGUAUGCCCAUAGGUUAGAAUGUAAUUAAUCUAAUCAUUCUAAUUACAUAUCUGAAAUCAAUUCGGUUGUAAAACAAAAUCAAUCUCAUUUAUAAAAAUCUAGAGUUCCAAAUUAAGAAACAAAUUUUCAAUAAAACUUAUCCAAAUAAGAUGUUCAAUUUGUAGAAUCAAAUAUAUAUCCUUAAUAAUAAGAAAGCAACUUUAAAUAAGACUAAUAAUCUAUAAAUAAUGAAGGAAGUUCUAACUAUCCUUAAUAAAACAACACUUAAGAAAUAUAACAGUUGAAUUAAUAGAGUAGUAAUUUAUAUACUGAGUCAUUAUUGAAUUAAGCAUAGAAGAAAUGUUAAUAUUGUGAUUAAGAAUAUCCAAUUUAAUUGCUAGAAUAACAUUAUCCUUUAUGUGAAACUAAAAUAUUAAUUGAAAAGUUAUCUUUAGCUGAUGAUUAAGAUGAAAAUAAUCAAUAUUAAGACUAAUAUCAAGAAGAUAUUCUUAUUAAUUAGAAUCAUCAUUAUUAACAAUAAUAUCAUGAUGAUAUUAAUGAUUCUAAUCCUUAUUUAUCAUAAAAUUAAAAUUCUUCUAUUGUUACAAGAAUUUAAGAAGUAUUAUUACCUGAUGGAAACAUUAAAAAAACAACAACUACUAAAAAUUAAAUUACAGGAUAAACUACAGAACGAAUAGAAAUAAUAUCAAGAAAUUAAUAAUAAUAAUAAUAAUAAUAAUAAUAAUAAUAAUAAUAAUAAUAAUAAUAAUAAAUAUUUUAGCAACAACUAUUUAGUAGACCAUUUUAAGGUUAAAAUCAAAGUAGCAAUUUUAGUAACUAUUUUGAUUAAAUUUUUAAUACUAAUUUAUUUUCAAAUUAAUCAAGGGGACGAAGAAAUAUUUUUAUGCCAAUGACGUAAUUUCUAUUAUUAUUUUAGGAAUUCUUUGUUUAUUCCUUAAGUUCAUUAGUAAUUAGAAAAUUUAGCUGUUAUAAAAUAUAUACCAUAUGAAGGUCUAUCAUAAGAAUAUAAAUAAUGCUCUAUAUGUUUUACUAAUUAUGAUGAUGGUGAAGAAUUAAUUCUACUUCCAUGCAUACAUAGAUUUCAUAAGUCUUGUAUUUCAGAAUGGUUCAAAUAAUAAAGUACAUGUCCUAUAUGCAAAACAGAUAUCACUGAAUAAGAAAUGGGAUUUGAGGAAGAUGAUUAAUCUUGA